UCUCGUUACUGAUUACCACUUCCAGAUAGCGCCACCUCGAUUUAAAUCCCUGAGAAACUCCUUCGCCAUUGGUAGUUCUUCUCCAAAACUCAACCAUCAGAUGUCGCCUCGAUUACCUUCAUCAUCCCCACUUGUAUUAAAAUUCCCUCGUCUAAUUGGCCCCCUCAGCCCUCGUAGCAAACCCCGCCCACCUACUAGUCGUUCGAAAGUGGUAGUUGUGUAGUUUUCGUUACGACAGCCGUUGGUCUCUUCUAAUAUCAUCACAAGAGAAAAUAUCAAAAACGUGUCGGCGCUAAUAAUGUAACAUAUUACAAUAUUUUAUUGUUAUUAUUAGUUUUUCAAAAUCAACCAUAAAUUUUAAUGCGUCUUUAAACAAUUUAAAUAAUUAUAAAUAAGUUUUAUUCAAAAUUAAAUAUCCAUUACCCAGAUAUAACAAUUGUUAAAUAAAUUAUACUAAUAAUAAUUAUCAUCAUCAUCAGAGAUUCAUAGACUUUCCACUAGUGUCGUCAGUUGAAUUUAUUAAGUAACCUCUAUUAAAUAAUUACAAAUAAAUAUUUAUUUUAAUUAUUUAACCAAACUAAGUGAUUUUAUUCUUCAGUAUCAGUGAUAAAAAAAAUACAUGCAUAAUAAUAUUAAUUAAUUCAAUAAUUGAAUUGAAUUGAGUGCUAGGUGUUAAAUUUGGAAAAACUAGAAAUUUUUAAUUUAAUAUAAAUAUUAAAAUAAAAGUAGAACAAUAUAAAAAAACAACGUUUUAUUUCAUUUAAUAAAAUUGUAAAAUAGAAAUGGCGGCGCUGGUGGCAGGUGUCCAGUAUGGUUUGUCAUCGCAAAGUCAUUUUUAUGAAAAUAAAUCAUUAAUAUUUGUUAAAUUAACUGAUUCGGCUCAACGUGCUAUUGAGGAUUUUUUAAAAAAUCGGAAUAAAACAAAUCAGAGACCGACUAUCCAAUUUCUUGAUAAUGAAGGACGGCUGUCAUUCCCAUCACCGCAAUCUAAUCAUGGAUCCGUUGAUUUUACGUUUAGCUUAUCAGACGGUCAUGAUGUUGAAGGUCCUCAAGGUGCUUUUGAAUGUAUACAGCAAACAAAUCCGAAUAAUUUGGAGAGUUUGGGAACAAUGCCAUAUAAAAUGCGAAUCCACGCAAAUGAAGACGUUUAUGAGACAACAAGGCAUCGAAUGGCAGUCGCUGAAGAAAAUAAUAAAAACAAAUGCACCAGGGUAAUAAAACCAAAUGGACCAGAUAUCGGUCGAAAAGUUAAGGUAAAAGCAACCGGGAAGACAAUACCGCCACCGUCAAAUAUCAGGCAUAACAACCAUCAUCGUGAUACGAGCAUUCCAAAUUCCACUAGUAGACCUGUUAAAAAUUCCAUCAUUAAUUCUUUAUCUUCCGCUACAUUAUCUUCCCAACAAUCAUCGACAACAACAUCAUCAUCAUCAUCAUCACCAUCAUUUUCAUCAGCAACAUUAACAACAACGACGACAACCUCAUCAUCAACAUUGUCCGCUUUAUCAUCAUCACCAUCAUUACCAUCACGAUUUUAUAAAUCAUCAGCAACCAGCAAUACAUCAUCAGUUCGUUCUCAGCCUGACAAAAAAUUAUUAGAUCUUCAAAAAAGACCUUUGAGAGACAGACUCAUUCAUAUACUUGCUUUGAGGCCUUACAAGAAGCCUGAGCUCUAUGAGCGUUUGAAUCGAGAGGGUCUAAAGGAACGUGAUAAAAAAGAAAUGGCUAUCUUAUUACGUUCAUUGGCGUCAAUGCGUAACAAUACGUAUCAUUUAGUGAGACAUGUGUGGAAUGACGUACAAGAAGACUGGCCAUUUUAUAGUGAACAGGAUCGUGCUAUGUUAAAGAGACGUAAACCACAAAAUUUAACGCCACCUGGUUCUAGUGAUGGUGGAUCAAGUGGAAGUGGACAAUCACCAAAUUCAACUCAUCCCGGUUCACCUCCAGCAAUAACAGCACCACCACCAAAUUUUAUGAAUUGCAAACGUCCUGGUUAUUACCAAGGUAGUGACGGAAUUCAAACUAAAAGACCGCGAAUUUCUCAUUACCGUAAACCCGAACCGACAACACGGACACCGUCUUCAACUAAUAGUAAUACUGCUAAUGUAAAUAUUGCAUCAAGUGUUAGUGCUAAUGUCCCGAGUGGCAAUAAUUUACCUAAUAAUAAUACUAAUAAUAAUAAUAAUAAUAAUAAUAAUAAUAAUAAUAAUAAUAAUAAUAAUAAUAUUAAUAAUGAUGUAAAUAAUUGGAAUGAACAACGACAACAAUCAAGUGAACGUGAUAUUAAUCAUCAUCGAUCUGAAAGAACAUCUAACAGUGAUGUGCAACGUGGCAACAAUAAUAUUUAUCAAUUAAACAAUAAUACUAAUAAUAAUAGUAAAUUAUGUUUCACACCAAAUCGAGAUCGUGAACGUGAACAUGAUGAUUUAAAUAGCAAUAGUAAUCAUACUGCCUCAAUAGCUACAACAUCAUCAACAAUAAUAAAUAAUAAUUCAGCUACUGAUAGGAAUGAAGCUGGAAGUAAUAGUGGAAAUAUUAGUGAUUUUAGUAAUCGUGAUCGUGAAAGAAGAGAUAGAGAAAGAGAAAAAGAAAAAGAAAGAGAGGAAGUGAGAAGAGAUAGAGAAAAAGAAAAGGAAAGGGAAAAAGAAAAAGAAAAAGAAAAGGAAAGGGACAGCGAGAGGGUGGAAAAAGUUGAGAAGGUGGAAAGAGUUAAUAGUAAUAAGCAGGAAAGAGAAAGAAAGAUUAAGGAAAAUAGUGAUAAUUUGAAUGGUAUUGCUUCUAAUAGUAAUAUUAACGCAAGUACUACAAGAGGUGUGACUGGAGGAAUGGCUAAAAAUCAUGAGAUUGAUAAAAAUAAUGCUCAUGAUGAAAUUCCUGACUACCUCACGCAAUAUAAAACCGUAAGAAAUAUAGAAGAAAGAAGAAGGUAUAAAGAUGAUUAUUUAGCAGGUCAUAAAGAAUAUGAAGAAUUAUAUCAAAGAAAGUUAAGAAGGACAAGGCAUUUUGUUCGGUUACGAGAUUUAAGAAAACGUGAAUAUGAGCUUGGAAACUACGAAAGAUAUGAGGCACUUAGUACCCAGAUAAAAGCUGAUUACGACGCCAUUAAAUAUGAUCCACGUGAAAGCGAAAAUGAGAAACGCUAUUACUAUUUAUACAAUAAAUUGAACUAUAUCAAAGGAUUGAUUGACGAGUAUGAUCGUAAAUAUUCAUCAGAUAUUAAUAAUCACAUUUCAAUUACACAUACGAAUACAAACAACAACAACAACAACAACAACAACAACAACAACAAUAGCAGUGAAAACAGUGUAAGUAUUACUGAAUUACGAUACUGACACAAGCUUAAAUGCCUGUCAUUCGUCACUAAUUGUUAUUACUAUUAUUGUUAUUA